AUGACAAACAGCAGAAGACAUGUGCAACAUUUUGUUCAUGUAAUUCUUGUUAUUCUUCAUUGUUUCAAUGCAGGAUUUUGCACAGAAGUAGAUAGUAUUAACAGUACUCAAUCUCUGAUAGAUCCCGUGAUUUUAUCGUCCCCAGGAGGCGUCUUCAAGUUGGGAUUUUUCAGUCCUCAAAACAGUACUAAUAGGUAUGUUGGUAUUUGGUAUAAUUUUUCUGUAACAACUGUCAUUUGGGUGGCUAAUAGGGACAAACCUUUAAGAGAUUCUUCUGGGGUUGUCAAGAUAUCUCGUGAUGGAAAUGUCGUUCUUACGAACGGAGAGGAGGAGAUUCUUUGGUCAUCAAAUGUUUCAACCUCUCAGGUAGACUCAAUUGCCCUUCUGCAAGAUUCUGGGAACUUUGUUCUUGUAGAUCAUCUGAACAAUAUGAGCACAACAUGGCAGAGUUUUGAACAUCCUUCUGAUACAGUUGUCCCUAAAAUGAGAAUAAGUGAAAACACAAGGACAGGGGAGAGGGUAGAAGCAAAAUCUUGGAGAAGCUCUCGGGAUCCUAAUAUUGGAAACUUCUCUUUAGGAAUAAGUUCUGGAUUCAUUCCUCAGCUGUAUAUAUGGAAAGACAGCCGUCCCUAUUGGCGAAGUGGUCAAUGGAAUGGUCAGUUCUUCAUCGGAGUGCAGGAACUGUAUGCUGUGGCGUUUGAUGGAUUUAGUCUAGUGAACGAACGCCAAGGUUUUGUAUAUUUUACUGGCCCUGUUUCUUCUAAAUUCAUAACCAAAUUUGUCAUGGAUUGGAAAGGGAACAUGGUUCAAUCAUAUUGGGAUGAGAAUGAGAAAAACUGGAAGAUAACAUGGUCAGUUCCCAAAAACGAUUGUGAAGUUUAUGGAACGUGUGGUCCAUUUGGAAGCUGCAAUUAUUUUGAGUCGCCGAUAUGUUCUUGUCUGAAAGGUUUCAAUCCAAAACAUAAGGAAGAAUGGGAAAAGGGGAAUUGGACUAGUGGUUGUGUUAGGAGGAGGCCUUUGCUAUGUGAAGUAAAGAAUAACACAGGGGAUUCAAGUAAAGAAGACGGAUUUCGAAAGAUGAAGUUAAUGAAAUUGCCUGAUUUUGCAGAAAGGUCAUAUACUAUAGAAGAAGAAUGUAGAAGCCAAUGCUUGGGCAAUUGUUCCUGCAUAGCAUAUGCAUUUGACACAGGUAUCGGCUGUAUGUUGUGGAGUAGCAACUUGAUUGAUAUCCAGCAACUCCGAAUCUGGGGGAAAGAUCUCAAUUUUCGCGUGGCACAUUCAGAGCUUGGUAUGUAUACUGGCUAUCUACUUUUUUCAGCCAGUAUAGCUUAUUCUGUUAUUUUAGAUAUCAUGGACUCAAUUGGAUUCCAUGUAUAUACUUUAAGUUGCUAA